AUGAACACCCUGCAAGAAGCAAGCCGGGUAUACAAGGCUUUCCAGAAAGGAGGGCCGACUUUCGGAGGAUGGCAGAUGCUUCCAGGCACGAAUCACGCGCGGGCAAUUGCCCGUUCAGGCGUCGAUUGGAUAUGCGUCGACACCGAGCACGGCAACAUCAACGACAGCCAAAUGCACGAAGCCGUGACCGCCAUAGCCCACGCGGGCGUAAGCCCUCUCGUCCGCAUCGCCGCAAACGAACCCUGGAUGGUAAAGCGCGCCCUCGACAGCGGCGCCCACGGCGUCAUAGUCCCGCUCAUCUACACAGUCGACGACGCCAAAAAACUCGUUUCCUCCGCCAAAUUCCCGCCAGAAGGAACGCGCGGCUUCGGCUCACCGCUACCAACCCAGUGUUUCUCAAAUGAACCACUGACCUACUACCUGCGCCACGCAAACACUUCGCUCCUUACCAUCGUGCAGAUAGAAACAGCGUCGGCGCUGGCCUGCUGCCGUGAAAUCGCCGCCUUGCCCGGCGUUGACUGUUUGCUGAUCGGGCCCUUUGAUCUUGGUAAUAAUAUUGGUCAUCCUAUUUUGACUCCGACCAUGGAUAAGGAGUUGGAAGACGCGAUUGAGACGAUCAAGGAGGCGGCGCAUGCAGAGGGGAAGAAGGUGGCUAUGUAUUGUAACUCGGGCGAGGAUGCGAGGGGGUAUGUGGAGAGGGGGUUUGAUAUGGUUAGUGUGUUGACGGAUCAGAUGGGGAUUACGGGGGCGUUUGAGCGGAGCUUGGGGGUUGCGAGUGGGAAGGUGAAGGGGAGUGGGGUCAAGGGGGUUAAGGGGUAUGAUGGGAAGUAA